GAACCUGUACUGGUGACUGGACGUGUGCAGCGCGCGUCAGGCGGUUCCCGGAUGCACCAAACAGAAACAUGGACCGGGUAGUUGUGGAAGUGCCGAUCAACAACGGUUUUUCCCUCGCCGGCCCUUCCACGACCCCACGAAAGCGCCAGGUGCGUUUUUCAGCAAGGCACGACAUCAUCCUUCUGCGGGAGGUUAUCGCCCAGAACCCCUUUGCUUCCAAAGAGCCAGGACGGAUCUGGGCCCGAGUAGGGGAGAUCAUCACUGCAGCCCUCCAAGAUGAGAACUUUGAGGUAGAUGCCAGGAGGUGCAGGGAGAGGACCAUGCUGCUGCUGGAUUACUACAAGAAGCAAGACUUUCCCAGUCUGCGCAGAUUUGGAACAGAGAGGUUGUACGCCCAAAAGGAAGAUCUGCUCCAUGAGGUUUUGGAGCUAGAGGCUGAGAAGGGGCUCUUGGCCAGUGGGGAGAACACAAAGUACCAGGACGAUGAACUGAGAAAGCGAGCCAUAGAAGAACUGUCUCUACCAGAGCAGGACAAACCCAACAUCACCAUCACACAAGCACCCACUGCAGCAGAACCAGAAGAAGAUCGCGAGGAAAUGGCAGAGCUUUCAGCGGCGCCCACAGCCAAGCGGCCCUGCCAGUGCUGCUGCCAGACCUACUCUGAGAUUCUCAGCUUCCUGGAGAAACGCUCGGAGGCGGAGCAGCGGCUGCGGGAGGAGGAACUCGCCCUGCGCCGGGAAGAGCUAGAGAUUCAAAGGAGUAAGAUCACUCUGGAGAGGGAACGUCUGGGAGCUGAGAGAAAAGAGAGGGAGCGGAGAUUUGAGCUGGAGAGCCAAGAGAGGCAGGUCAUCUUGGACCUGCUGAAAGAAAAGGUGCUGAAAGGCUGAAAAACUGAAUCACCUGCAUUACAAUGCCAUCCUCAGAAAAAGUCAAAGCAUGAAAUACAGGAAAACAUAGUCGACCGCUUGAAAGAGGAAGGACUACAGGGAAACAGGAAGUGAAAAUAUCAAUGGUUGUAGGCUGUGACAUGCAAGUCUUUGACCUGGUAAGAUAACCAAACAAAAUGUAGGGAAGUAAUAGAGGAUUAGCAGUUGCCUCAACAGCCAGAUGGAUUAGUAAUGUUGGGAGUGUCUGGGUGUCUGCAAGCAUAUCAUGUGUGUGUGUCUGAUGCAGAAAGUACCAAAAAAGACAUAACACUACAGACAGAGUUUAAAAGCUGCAAUAUUUUCCAAAACAGCUGCACAAAGCUGGCGCACAUAGAUCCCAAUAGACACUCCCUGCGUUUUAUUCCUCAUGGCACAGUCUGCAUGAGGAUUUAAAAGCGCUGCAAUCGUUGGAGUGUCACCUCAGAAAAGGAAUGCAGAAAAGGGUGUGGUGCGGUGUCUUAGGUGUGGCGAUCUCUUGAGCCAAAACUGACAGACAAGAUCACCGUUUUGCACUAACACCAGUAUGUUUUAAUGAGUCCUGUUCACACUGUAAGGGACGCCAUUCUUUGUGGUGCCAGGAUGAAAGAAGUCGAGGAACAGCUAAGAAAAGCUGUAUGUUUAAGCAGUUUACAUUAAAGCUGUGCAGCUCAAGCUUCUGAAAACAUUUAUCAUAUUAAUGAUUUUACACACAUUUUACUCAGUCACUUCUUUUUAAAUUUGGAGACAUUUGGAUUAAAAUAUAAGUAAAACUGUAUUUUACUGACUGUGAAUCCACUGGACGUUGACUGGUACGCACUUUUGUACAACACAAGCCAUUAAGGGGUCUAUACAUAAUACAGAAAUGACUUUUUUAAAACUGAUGUCACAUCUUGGAUGUGCUGUAGUCCUUUUGUUAAAAUGUACUUAUGACUCAAAUGUAUGUCCUCAGUGUAAUUUGUUAUACCCAGGUAUACUUAACUGUCAUUGGUUAAUGUUGCAAUAUUAUAUUAACAUGGAAUUUAUGACCGAAGCACUAUUUUAUUAGGUGUUUCACUGACUUAAUAAAUGACACUUGCUACUGUGACCUUCUGUAUAAUGUUAAAAAAAAUGCUAUUUUUCUUUAAGUCCCCAUAACAUAGCUGCUGUAUGAAAAAUAAAAGCAUGACAAACUGAUAUGGAUAAUUUCUA